UGUUACUAGCCAAUCACGGGGGAGAGGUGACGCUCACGCAUAACCAACACUCCGCAACGUCACAUAAAUAUCCCCACCCUUUUUCUAUUAUCAACGCGUGGGGGAAGGGGAUUAGAAUAUUAUACCCGUAUGCCGUCCUAUGGUCACCUCCUGUGUAAUCGUAAAAUUUCGAAUCUAUUAGAAGACAAUACAUAUCACCUUCAGGAUUUUCUGACGUGUGUUGUUGAGGAGGCAAUUGAAUCCUCGUGAGGCAGGAAGUGGGACCGACAACAAACCAUACACGACGGACCGACGGGAUCAAGUAAGCAUUUUCAGAGUGGCCAAAUUUCGAUCCAACACCCUUUGAAUGGUUCAUCAUUUCAUAAAAUCAUCUUGUGACUUUUGUUGUUGAAGGGCAGUGAAGAAAAAUGUCUACGCAAACAACACCGAUAAAUUCUAGCGAACUGCAAUUAUACAGAGUUCUAGAACGAGCCAACCUGCUCACUUACUAUGACAAUUUUAUCCAGCAGGGUGGAGAUGAUGUACAGCAGUUAUGUGAAGCUGGAGAAGAAGAAUUCUUAGAGAUAAUGGCAUUAGUUGGCAUGGCAACUAAGCCACUGCAUGUUCGUAGGCUUCAGAAAGCCCUACAGGACUGGGUUACAAAUCCAGGUGCUUUUGAACAACCCUUGACAACACCACCGCGUAGUAUAGCCCCGCCUGUAUCAGAACUCCGUCUACAACCGCAACAAGGUAAUGUCCCAGUGUCCACACCCAGUGUCAACGUUAAGUGGAGCGCACAAACCAACAUGCCAAUUUAUUCACAUGCAACAACAUCAUCCUCGCAGCUUUCAGUUUCUCGAUCAGGUGGUAUUUCAUCAGACCGUGCACCUUCUCCAGCUGGGAGCGUAGGUAAUCCUGGAAACCUGGUUGGCUCUCAGUACCAAGUUCUUCCUGGUGCCGAACUUGAUAACGCAAGUAUCAAUAAUAUACGAACAGCUGCAAUUGCGUUAAUGGAAACGAUACCAAAACCAGAUAUGCCACCACAACUGAAUAAGAAAACAAUGAGAGAGCUGGCAUACAUCUUUGACAUGGCGGUGGAGGAUCCAAGACGAAUUGAAGAAAUCAGAAAGUGGUCUGCUAUCUACGGACGUUUUGAUUCUAAACGGAGGGCAGAGAAGGCUCUUAGUUUACAUGAGACAACAGUUAAUGAAGCAGCAGCCCAAAUAUGUGCAGUAGACCCCUACUUGCUAGCCCAGAGGGACAAGCUGUUUCCCCUUGCCCGUCAGGUGGUCCGAGAUAGUGGUUACAAAUUCAAACAUGGACAUUCCAGAGCUUCCAGUUUCAAAGGAGAUUUAAUAGAAAAUGUAGUAGCAAAGCGCCCUCGUAUGGAUACUGUAUACAGAGAUGUAGACAACAGCCCAAAUCCAAGGACAGUUCAAGCUGAACUCAUGAAGUUAAGAAGAGAGGUGGAAAGAAUGAAUGAGAUCUCUUCCCAGUUAAGUCAGAUAAAACAAACACAGAACAACAUCAAAGCUGAGAUACAGCAUGCUAAGGAUAGUGAGAAUCUACAAGCUGUUUAUGAUCUCCAGAUAGAGCUGGAAAAACUGACCACCCAGCAGCUAAUGCUGAUGACAGAGCAGACAGAUUUGAUCAAAAAACAACGUAGAUCAGAUAGGUAUUACGAUGCCAAAGCAAGAGCUUUUGGUGAAUUUGAUGAUGUAUUGGGUGAUGGAAAUUCAAGUGUGAAGUCUCCAAGUCAUGAAGGUGAUAAUGAUAGCGGCAACAGGAGUGCUAAUUCGUCACCAAUGCCUGAAGACCACGGCGGCGACAACUCCACGUCCGUAAACCCAUCAGUGUACGUGUCACAGAUGCCAAAAGUGAAGCAAGGUCAGACACAGAAGUUAAUGAUGAGACACACGUUGCUGGGGGAGGGACUCCGGAUAGCUCAACAGCAUGCCUAUCCUGAAUUGUCAGACCAGAAUGAGGUCGAGAACCACACCAAUGGCAACGGCAACAAAUCAGAUGAAGAGAUGGUUGGUGUUAAACAAGUGGAAGAUGAAAAAUUGGAUGACAACACCAAACAGAAUAAACCGUUUUUAAAUAAUGAUGCAUCAGUAGAAGAGGCUUCUGAGACGGCUAUCAACGAAAUCAUCAAUCUGACAAAGAAGGAGCCCUUAAGUGCUGGGGAAUGACCGCUUUCUGUUGCCAGACCAAAUGUUAGCUUAUAGACUCAAAUAUUAUUGCACAGAUUAUGAUGAUAAUUUCAUAACUAUUUUGACUUAUGCUGUCCAGAAGAAGAUUCAGGCAUGAUAUAUCUAUACUCAUUGUUUCUAUAUAUAAUAAUCUAAUCACUAAUAUAAUAUAUUUUGUUAAACAUGGUUUGUCAGUUUGUAACUAUGAAGCAUAUUGAAUCUAAUAAUAAAUUCAUAGCUUCCCAAUAAUUUUUUACAGGUACUGUUAUUUUUAAGACCUAAAUUUAGCAGGAAAUGGAACCAUAACCAUUUUAACAUACUGUUGCUGAAGUUUACAGCUUGCAUUUAAGCCAGCAGUUUGGAAUUUUGUAUGAGCCCAAAUGUACAGGGAUGAUUUUUUUAAUCUUGUAGAAUUUAUUUAAAUCUUUUGAUUAACUCCCUAAUAUGGCAAUCAUACUCCUAUAUAUGGCAAUCAAACUCCCUUAUAUGGUAUUCAUAUUAUGUUUUAAAAUGUACCUACAGCUGCUUAUAAAAUGUGGGCACAAUAAUUAUCACUGAUUUAAUGAUUAAUUCAAAGCUGGCAAAGUAAGAAUAAAUAUUCAAAGAAAUGAAAUGAGGUUUGUUAAAUAAUAUAGAAUAAAUUGUGACGGGCCUUAUGCGGCUGUGCUUAAAUUGCUGGCCUCCUAAUUCACACGUUCCUAACUCAAUCACUGUAAAUGUUAUAAUAUUUGAAUAGCUAAUUUCAGCUUUUUUGUGUAUCAACUUACUGUUUGAAUACACAAAUACAAAUGAAUAUAAUACAUAAAUAAAAGUAACAGUGUAAGAGAACAUUAUAAUUAGCUUGCAUCUGGAACAGAAUUCACUUCAUUUUAUAGGAAUUGUAAACAAAGCAUCUUAAUAAUAAUAAUAUUAGUAAUAACAGUGGGCACUUAUGUAUGAUGACAUUAAAGAAAAACAUCUACAGCAUACAGUCUUUGAUGUAUACUACUACUAUAGAAAGGGAGAAUGAUAUCCCGUUGAAAAUGCUAUCGACCGCCUGAUUAUUUUAUAUUUAUAAAUACUCAAAAUAUUAUAGAUAUUCGUAAGAUACUCAUUAAAAAUAUCUGUUAUUGUUUUUUUCAUUCCAUUGUUAGAUGAGCAAGCGGUGCAGUAGUCUAUAUAUGGAAAAGUAUAUGGAUUGUUUUCCAUUAAGUAAAUUCCUCAUUUAUAUUAGUCAUUUUUAGAUAUCUUUAUAGUUGAAAAUGUAUCUAUAUGAAAAAAAAACCAAAUGUUUAUUGCUGUAAUUACAUAAAGUGCAUAGAUUUUGUGAAAAUUAUUGUACAUCAAUUAUGUGAAGAUUAAUUAAUGUAGGGCUACACUUUUAAAUAUAUCUCUAUUUUUUAAUGGUAUUCCUUAGUGCUGAAAAUCCUGUUGAAAUUAUGUACAUUUGUAUCCUUAUUUUAUUUUUCUUAGUUUAGAAUAAUUGUGUGAAAUUAAUCCCUUUUGUGUUGUCUGUUUUCCAUUGUAUUUAGGCAUGGAGUAAUACUUAUUGUAAUUAAUACACAAUAAUUGGGUAGUCUGUGGUAGAACAUGAAAAUAAUAUGCCUCAUUUCCAUUAAAAUAAACUCAUUUUUAUCUACAAAA